UCCUUGUAGUGUACGGCCCCCAGUUGUCUUAAUAGCCUAUGAAUGCAGCUUGCGCUUAAUGCAUACACAAACAGGGGAUAUAAUGUUGCUAUAUUAGAAACUUAGAAAAGUGUGGUCCAAACUUUGAAGGCACCAUUUUUAAAUAAAUUGGGGUACUUGAAGCGAAUCGUUGUGUCUUGACACUAAAAACUUAGUUUUGUCAUCUCUCUAAAAAUGGGGUGUUCAUCGUCAAGUACCCAGACUGUCGCUCAAGAGAACCGACCAGGAACAAAACCCGAGGAGAGCAAUGGGGACACCACAUUUGUUACCCGUAAUGGCAUCAUUGCAGAGGAUGCUGAAACCAUUGCAGACCAGAUGCAGCUGCCUGUUCAAAGUGCUUUACCGGAUGAAUUUUUGCCAGGGGCUGUUGAAGAACCUGUAGCCCAAGCUUGUGAGGCUCUGGAAAGCCUUGGAGUUGAAGAAGUUCAACCGGUUGCCGAGUCUGAGCCAGUCCCUGAGAGUGCCCCUGUUGUGGAAACUUUAGAGGACGUGGCUCCUGCACCGGUGGUAACUUCUGAGGAGGAAUUGGUUGUUCCUCUGGAAGCUACAGCCCCUGAAAAAACUGUUUCCACUGAGGAAACCGUUGCUGUCAGUGGCCCAGCAGAUGAAGUGACUGUAGAAGCUACAGUACCUGUGGAGGAAGUGGUUCCUGUAGAGUCUGCAGUACCUGUGGAGGAAGUGGUUCCUGUAGAGUCUGCAGUACCUGUGGAGGAAGUGGUUCCUGUAGAGUCUGCAGUACCUGUGGAGGAAGUGGUUCCUGUAGAGUCUGCAGUACCUGUGGAGGAAGUGGUUCCUGUAGAGUCUGCAGUACCUGUGGAGGAAGUGGUUCCUGUAGAAGCUAAACCCGUUGAAGAGUCAGUGGCCCCUGUAGAAGUUGUGGCCCCAGAAGAAACCAUUACAAGUGAGCCUGUUGCAGAAACAGUUGCUCCAACCGUGGAGCCGGUGGUGGUGGCUGCACCUGAAGAAGUCCCUGUGGCUCCUGUUGAAGUUGCAGCUCCGACGGAAGUUGUUGCCUCAGAAGAAUCAACACAAGCUGUUGUGACUGAGCCCACUUUAGCCCCUGAGUCAACCCCAAGUGCAGUGGAGGAAAUCCCAGCCCCCGUGCAAGUGGAGGAAACCAGCGAGGUCCCAGAAACACCGAAAGAAGAGCCAGCUCCAAGCGUGAUCCCAGAAAACACAGAGGCUCCAGUGACAACCAUUUCUCCAGAGCCCGUGGUGGAGAGUGUAGCUCCACCUGAGACCUCUACUCUGCCCACUGCCACAACAGAAGCACCAGCAGCUGAGACUAAGACAGAAGGAGGCGUGGCCGAAGCCGCAGUCGUGCAGGGAGCAGGAAAUGAAGAGGCCAAAGUGAAAGACCAAGCAGACCUCCCCAAGACUGAAGAGGCCCCUGGUAAAUAGCAUGUCCUGCUGCCAGUGAGGACAAGUAAACACAACUUUCCUAAUAUAAAUACCUUUCCUUUCAUAGGAAAAGAGAGGGAGAAAGAGGAAUAUUACACAGAACCCAAAGAUCACAUAGAUUAGGCAAACACACACACACACACACACUCCUACUUACCAGUAAAUAGGUCUGACACUGAUGUUAACUUGACCCCACGGUGCCUUCUUUGUCUUGUAAAUCUAGCAGGUGUAGGAUUUCCCUACAUUUUGUAAAUACAUAAAUGUUUACUAGCUGUGUUAUUAAUGAAAGACCAAGAAGUGCCUAACACCUUUGCACAUUUUCAUUUGAAGCCUUAAAAUCAUUGAGACAAGCCAAGGCAUACUGGAGGGUAUCACCACAGCAAAUAAGGAGACUCUUAUAGUAAGCUGAGAUAUCACG